AGGAACGGGACGUGCUUCUAAGCGUCCAUGUUGAGCCCUGGAAACUACAACGACCAAAAGGCCACGGGCUUCUGGGCGGUUUCUCGUUUCCUUCGAGUCAAACGUCUGGGGCUGCUUCUGAGGGAUCAGCUCAACUGGCCAGCAAGUUUAGCUCCGCCAAGUCAUUUGAUUCACCCGGUGAUGAAAUGGGGGUCAACCAGUCUGUGGACUUUCCGCCUGUCACAGGACCCCAUCUCGUAGGCUGUGGGGAUGUGAUGGAGGGUCAGAAUCUCCAGGGGAGCUUCUUUCGACUCUUCUACCCCUGCCAAGAGGCGGAGGAGACCGUGGAGCAGCCUCUGUGGAUUCCCCGCUAUGAGUACUGCACUGGCCUGGCCGAGUACCUGAAGUUUAAUAAGCGCUGGGGCGGCUUGCUAUUCAACCUGGCUGUGGGAUCUUGUCGCCUGCCUGUUAGCUGGAAUGGCCCCUUUAAGACAAAGGACUCUGGAUACCCCUUGAUCAUCUUCUCACACGGCCUAGGAGCCUUCAGGACUUUGUAUUCAGCCUUCUGCAUGGAGCUGGCCUCACGUGGCUUUGUGGUUGCUGUGCCAGAGCACAGGGACCGGUCAGCAGCAACCACCUAUUUCUGCAAGCAGGCCCCAGAAGAGAACCAGCCCACCAGUGAAUCGCUGGAAGAGGAAUGGAUCCCUUUCCGUCAAGUUGAGGAAGGGGAAGAGGAAUUUCAUAUUCGGAAUCCCCAGGUGCAUCAGCGGGUAAGCGAGUGUUUACGGGUGUUGAAGAUCCUGCAAGAGGUCACUGCUGGGCAGGCUGUCUUUAACAUCUUGCCUGGUGGCUUGGAUCUGAUGACUUUGAAGGGCAACAUUGACCUGAGCCGUGUGGCUGUGAUGGGACAUUCAUUUGGAGGGGCCACAGCUAUUCUGGCUUUGGCGAAGGAGACCCAGUUUCGGUGUGCAGUGGCUCUGGAUGCUUGGAUGUUUCCUCUUGAACGUGACUUUUACCCCAAGGCCCGAGGCCCUGUGUUCUUUAUCAAUGCUGAGAAAUUCCAGACAAUGGAGAGCGUCAAUUUGAUGAAGAAGAUAUGUGCCCAGCAUGAACAAUCUAGGAUCAUAACCGUUCUUGGUUCUGUUCAUCGGAGUCAAACUGACUUUGCUUUUAUAACUGGCAACUUGAUUGGUAGAUUCUUCUCCACUCAAACCCGUGGGAGUCUGGACCCCUAUGAAGGGCAGGAGGUUAUGGUGCGGGCCAUGUUAGCCUUCCUGCAGAAGCACCUUGACCUGAAAGAAGACUAUGAUCAAUGGAACAACCUUAUUGAAGGCAUUGGACCGUCGCUCACCCCUGGGGCCCCCCACCAUCUGUCCAACCUGUAGGCACAACUGGCCAUUUGUAAAAGUCACUUGAACCAAGUUUCCAUUUGGGAGCUACUCAGGGGCACCCAUGAGCUCCUAUCAGGAAGUGGUCAACAUGACCCUGUUCACAGCUUGAAAGGUGUAAUCGCACUGCUACUCGGAUAGCUGGGUACUUUGAUCUUAGACUUGAUCUUAAAAUCACUUUGGGACUGGGAUCACUUGCUGAUUGACCAACAGACUUUCUGGUGCCUUAGUCCUGAUGGAGUGGGGAAUAAGCAGUAGAGUGGGACUGGGGGAAACCCAAGCCCCGAGCUGAGCUCUGUGAGGCCUGGAUGUAAAGACUUAGCCCAGCGAGCUCAUUCCCUCACCCAUGACCGGUGCUGCUUCAGUGGAAGAAAUGAAGCCAAAGGAUGGAGUGAAAAUUCCUACCGUCAGGAACUCUAGCCCAACCCAACACUGUCUCUUCCUACCUCUUAGCCUUCUCCUUCCCCAGGGCCACUUGGUGAAGUCUGAGCACUUUAGGUAAAUUUCUAGGGUAUGGGCUGUGA